UAACAUGGCAAACCGAACGCAGCAGGCGAAGGCGACGUGCAGCGCCAGCAGCAGCAGCACCCUGUCGAGGGCGAGCGGCAGCAUCUCUCGUUCCUCGAGCAGCAGCAACAGCUCACAGUCAGGGUCUUCUCCCAAACCCGUUUCAAAGAGAAUGUGCGCCCAGUGCCAGAACCACGGGCUCAAGGAGCCUGUCCGCGGACACAAGCGACACUGCAAAUACAGGCUGUGCAACUGCAAGAACUGUCUUUUGGUAAAGGAGCGGCAACGCAUCGUGGCGCUGCACCUUUACGUGCGCCGAGCUCAGCAGCAGGAAGAGGACGCAGCCGAGGCCGCCGCUGCAGCCCUAAAAGAGGCCAUCCCCUCGAUGCAGGUGAGUGGAUCACCCCUUCUGUCCAACCCCGACUUCUACAGAGCCAUGAUAAUACCCGACUGCCAACACUCGAACAGCGUCGCGGCUGCAGCAGUCACUUCUGGCUUUCUCACGGCCGACGCUGAAAAACAGAGAAACAAUCUGAUGUUCGAGGACCUUUUGAAAUUGAGGGACCGCUACCAGAUUCCUGACGCUGCAAUGGCACUGCUGUUGUGCGUGUUGAAGAUUUCUGGGUCUGUCGAGGAUGCGUCAAAAAUAAUUCAAGAAGGUCUCGAUGAAUUAGUCAAGUUACCUGACUUCAAAGAGGGUGGCAUCUCUUGGAAACCUACAUUCCCCGGCAAUGUUUACUCUCCUUUUUUCAUGUGAAAUUAUAAACUACAAUCAUAGAUGAGAACGAUAUAUAUGAAAUAUUUUACUUUG